AUUAGUUUGUUUCAAGAGUAUAUUACGGUGAUUUUUUGUAACGGCGAGAGUCAAAGGCAUGCACAAGACUACUUGGAGGCAUUUCUUGGGGAGCGAUCUGGAGAAUUUGUUGCAUGCUUAUGGAAGCUUUUUUUGAAGGACAUUACUCAAGGUAAAAGAGAAACUUAUGCUUCUAAACCUAGGACUGGUGUUGAAUUUGGUUCUCAUGAUACUCUAAUCGAACAAGGUUCAAGCUCCCGAAGUCAUUGUGACUAUGUUCACAAAGCUACUACUCUUACUUAUCGGAUGAACGAAAAGAUGGUACCAUCUACUGCUCUAUAAGACGUUGAGGAUCAUGUGUCACCAAAAGCUAAAAGCAUGAAAAUGUUACAACAAGAGCUCAUUAAUAACCCUUGUUAAAGGACACAACCUAAACUGAGAGAGGAUCAGAGCUUGUCUGAUAUUAAUUACUCUAGAAAAGUACUCCGCUCUGUUAUCGUUUCCACCACUAAGCAACCAUGUUGUAAGAAUCCUGAUAGAUAUGAAAAGUUUGUUGAUGAAGGGAACAAGAUGCAGAAGCGUCUAUACUUUCCCAAAAGAGAAGUAAGGCAAUCAUAUUUUUCAUAUGUCCCUUCAGGAGGAGCUGUGUAUGCAAGAUCUCAUGAGGCAGCUUCGAGCCAGGAAAUGAUGCUUCAUGUUAGUGUUUGGGAUCGGUUGGGGCAACCAGGCGACAAAAAAUACCAUAUAUUGUCUAAGGUUAGACUUAAUCCAGAUGAAAACAGAACGCCUAAGCAGCUUGGACGCGCAUUUUCUGCAGCAUAUAUUGAACAGCAUAAUGAGACGUUUCAGAGAGAAGUUCCUGCAGUCGUUUACAUGCACAGAGUUCUCCCACCCCUUGAAGCUAGGAAACCCAAGAGUGGAACUAUUACAUACACUGAACCUCAUAUCAUGCAUAACUUCAGCAAAAAGAGGCGAUAUGGCAUCAUCAACCCUAAUUCCGUAGAUGCUUCAGUUGGUGAUCUUAGCAGUGUUCUUCAGUAUAAGCAAGCUAAACAGGAUGUUUAAAAGCCAAGCCUGCUCUCCUCUCAGUCCAAAAAGCCGGAUAUUUUUUCAGAAAUAGUGAAUAUGAAACAGAAGCUGCAACAACUAGAUAACCAAAUUAAUCAAGCGAAGCAUUUGAAGAAACAAAAAGUUGGAGAACUCAAAGGUUCAGUACAAUCUGGCGAGUUGCAGCAAAAACAUGAUGACACAGAAUCAAGCAUCAUACAUGUUACCAAUGUAAACUAUACGGCAAGUAAAGAAGCUAUAUCAAUGUUGUUCAGCAAGUGUGGAGAUGUCAAAAACAUUACAAUUGUAACUGAUCCAGCUGCUUUUGUGACGUUUGCUACAAAGGAGUCAGUUAACAAAGCAAUAGCUCUGAGCGGCACAAUGUUCUUUUCAAGACCAAUCAAGGUCCACUUCAGUUCUUCUAUGUGUCUUGAUCCAUAUUCCGACACUAACUUAUUUGUUUUCCAACUGUUCCAAGUUUUGGGAGUCACACAUGAUAAUGUCUGGAGUAGUGACUGGGGCACUACAGGUAGUCAUUGGAAGUUAAACCAACAAAAACAUUGUGGUAGGGUAAUACAUAAAGGUAGUCUGAAAACAUCAGCUUAACGACGUUGUUGUACAGCUUUUAUGGAAUAGUAUUAAGACUUUUGAUUCCAAGUAAGAACGAAAAAACUAAUAAGCAUACAUUUGUUCAGACAGAGUCCAAACUUUAAUUUCUACUCUUUUUUCUUCUUAGGGCCUGACUGGUUUAAACGCAACGGUUGCGGUUGCGGGAGUUUGUGGAUGCGGGCGGUUGCGGUUUCUAGCGGUUUUAAGAGAUUUGUAUGAUUGGUAAUGCAGUUAAAAAUUGGUGCGUUUGCAGGUGACUUAUGACUGGUUAACUACCAAAUGCGGUAACAGUCAAAUAAUAAA